UAACUCGAUUUUUCGAAAAUAUGGAGUGUUUGGUAUCAUUUUUUUCUGCUCGUCGAGCUCUAGAUGAUGAGACAAUAAGUGUCCCUAUAGAACGUCUAUAAAUGUGUUUAAUUUCAGUUCCAUACUGACGCAUGUCGGGUUUUUGGCUUUCAGUUGAUUUCCAGGGUGACGUUAAAAAUCAACCAAUCGCGUUGUUUUAUUUGGUCGCCAUCUUGGAUUUAGAACAAUGGCUGUGUUAGAUUUGUGCAGUGACAACAAGUGGAUUUUCUUCAGAAAAACUAGUCGUGCUAGUUGUAUUGUACAAAUAUAUGAACUAAUACUGCAUGUUUUCAUAUACAUUGACCUACAACACCUUCUCCAGUCUGUAAAUAGAGUGUGUCAUAAGUUCAACGAUGUGAUAAAGAAGCACUAAAUACUAUGGUGCCAUUUGGAGUUUCCUGAACAACUGGAAUAUUCUGUCUCAUUCUGUGAGGAUUGUUGAUCUGUUCAUGCCAUGUACUGUGUUUAAAUGUAAAAUACCAGAAAUCGACAAAGUGUUUGCUGCAUCCAAGUUUACGUACUUGGACCACCUAAAUAUCAGUGAAGCUCCGAUUUCAACGCUUUGUUGGUUAUACAAUGCACCAAAUAUUCGUGUAUUAGACCUCUCAGGUUGCAGUCUUCUCGUUGAUGAAGAUUUUCAGGUUUUUGUUGAUUGCUUCAACUUGGAACAGCUGUAUUUAAGUUUCACAAACAUUACAUAUGUAAGCAAUUUUUUCUAUAAACGGAAAUUAUCUACCUACACUCUCACAGCACAUUCUUCCAAAGAUGGAUGCGCUUAUAACUGCAUUUGGCAUGAAGCUAUAAGUGGUAGAGGAGCAAACGAUAUUGCCAGUGCAGUGGUUACAAUCCUCAAACAUAUUAAACGUGCUCACCAUGAAAUUGCUUCAUUCAUAUUGUGGUCUGAUGCAUGUGUUCCUCAAAACAAGAACUCUGUUAUGUCGUUUGCACUCAAGAGAUUCAUGAAGGACUGUAAUAUUGAGUCAAUUGUACAAAAAUUUGGCUGUCCUGGCCACUCGAGUGUACAAGAAGUUGAUAAUAUCCACAGUAAUAUCGAGAGGAUAACAAGAUAUGCAGAGAUUUACAGUCCCAUCGCAUUGAUAAGAGACCUGAAAUCAAUGCGACGUAGUUCAGUACGCAUUAUCCAAAUGCAAAAGCACAAUUUCAUGGAUUAUCAGAAAUGUAUUAUGCCGUUAAAAUUCAACGAAAUUCCUUUCACCAAAGUGAAGUGUUUGAAGUACGAUAAGUGUUUGCCAUUUCACAUUGGGUACAAACUGUCGUAUAGUGCGACUGACUUCAGAACAGCCCAUAUUGAAAUUAGACAAACAGGAGCACGAACCAACAAACAACCAGAAUUCUUACCAAGACCAGCACAAUCAAACAAAGUUCCAAUUAUUUCUCAAGACAAAAAGAAGGACAUAACUUGUAUGCUCAAAUACAUGCCAGAGGUCGAUAGACAAUUCUACAAAGCAUUGAAACUAGUUAUUAAUGAAUAAGUACUGGAAUGUUACCAUUAAAGCAUCAGAAUGUUUUGCGUUUGACUUGUUGCUAAGACUUUUUCUGAAAAUUUGUGUCUUUUAGUUGUUACCAGUUUGGUAUGUUUGUGAUUGACAUUUUGCAAAACUUUUUUGGUUAAUCUUUAAGGUGACAGUUUAAAAAUUGUACACAAUGUACUCUGAUUGUACACAAUCAUAAUCAACAUACAUUAUUCUUGACAAUAAUGGUGUUUAGUCCGUUUUACAUGUACCAGUUAAAUCUGUUUUGUGUUAGACUUUUUGCCAAAACAUUGUGAGGUAAAUUUAUAUGUGUUUUGAACAGUUUUAAAAGUUUAAUAUGUUUGUGUUUGACUUCUUGGAGAGACUUAUUAUGAUAAGUACACGCUAUGAACAUUUUAACUGGACAGACAAACAGUUUUUUUAUUGACAUUAUAUUUUUUCGAUAGUUAAAAGUGGGUGCUUUAAGCAGUAUUCAUACUUGAAUCUAGAAAUUAAUGAAUAAGAAGAACUUGUAUGAUACUAUUAAAAUAUCAAUUUGCGCUUUUGAUUCUGCUUUAGGACUAAAGUGUCAGGUAAGGUCACAUUAUCAAUAGUGUAAUUAUGCUCUUAAUAUUUUAACUUUUUAUACAAGUUUCCAUGUUUUGUUUCAGACUUUUGGCAAUUACUUUUUAAGAUAAAUAAUUAUGUGCUUCGAACAAUUUUGUUUUGAAUUCCAAUACAAAGUGUUUAUGUUUUCUCUAUUGACCAUCCAAUAUCUCAGUAUAUCAGAGAGAUGGAUUUUUAAUAAAACUACUUAAUACUUAUCAAUGCAUCAUGUUAAGUAAAAUAAUAAUCCCAUUCAGUGGAUACUAUUAUUUAAUUGAAUUAUUCAAUUCAAAAUUUAACUAAGAAAGGUUUCAUCUCUGAAUUUUAUUUUUUUUAAAUAUCAAAACGUUUAUAUAAUUAUGUGCACUGUUUUAUUGUUUCUGGAAUAAAGUUACGUUAAAAUUAG